AUGGAAAAAUUUGUUAUCAUUAAAGAUAUGCUGAAAAAGGUACGCCGAUUCAAUUUGAUGGGUCGUACUCUUGAAUUUAAAAUUAAACCCAUAGCUGAUGGUAUUGAACCUAUAGGAUGGAUAAAGGAUGCUGUUAACCAAAUAAUAGCUAAAGGUACAGAAGCUCUGGAUCCCCAGGAUCAAGUAGCGUUUUCAUUCUGUUCUAAGGAUUUUCUACGGGGCGAAGGCUGGGUCCGUUUCAGACCAGUGAACGAGAUUACUUAUGACGACAUAUGGAGCAUAAUAAGCAGUGUAUACCAAUCAAACUCGUCUGGAAUCAACACGGAAACAUUUUGCCUCGGUGUGACUAGUGUGAAAAUGCCUGUUGGUCGCGGAAAAGGUCGGUCUCGUAAAUUCAAUACGUUUGAUGAAGAGUGCAGUAUGCGUAGAGGAAUUAUUUCUAUUAACAAUAAAGACAGCUUAUGCCUACCUCGCGCAUUAGUGGUUGCAAAGAGUUACGUUGACAAAGAUCCUGAAUAUACAAAAGUGCGUAAAGAUAUCGCAAAAAUCCAAACACAAAGAGCUUUGGAGCUUUGUCAUAACGCUAGUGUCCCGAUUCCUGAUGAGGGAGCUGGUAUACCUGAGUUACAAAUAUUUCAGAGACACCUCACGGGCUACAAAAUUGUUGUUUAUGAUUAUGGACACAAAGGCCGUGAAGUAAUAUUCAGUGGUGCUGGUGAGGGACCUUCACUUAAUUUACUCCAUCAUAAGGGUCACUACAACGUGAUCACUUCGUUGACUGCUGCUUUUUGUUGUGGUUAUUAUUGCGAGAUAUGUUACACUCCAUACGACCACAAAAAUAAGCACAGAUGUGGAGGUACAUGCCCAUGUUGUCAACAAACACCCACAUGUCCCCCAGGGCUAAAGUUAGUAUGCGAUUGUUGCAAAAGAUCAUUCAGGGGUCAAGAUUGUUACGAUAAUCACAGAAAAUCUGGUUCAUUUGGACAAAGCACAGUUUGCGAGCAAAUUACAUAUUGUGAUAAAUGCUUGAGGACCGUAAAAGCCGACAGAAAGCACCAUUGUGGUGAAAUAUUUUGUAAAAUAUGUAACGUUCAUGUACCUCAAGAUCAUCUGUGCUUCAUACAACCCGACUUAAGGAAACCUAAAACUAACGACCUGCUUUUUGUUUUUUACGACCUAGAAACAAAACAAGAAAAACAACAAGACAAUGGAUCGCACCUCCAUGAACCUAACCUAUGCGUGUACAAACAGUGUUGUGAUACAUGUAUGAACUCACAACAAAAUACCUGCACGAAGUGUGGCGUCCGUUUGCAUGUACUGAAAGUAGACCCGAUUACAAGAUUCGUAGAAUUUCUGCUAAAUCAGAGAAAAUUAUUCAAGAAGGUGGUAGUCAUGGCCCAUAAUGGAGGUAGCUUUGAUCAUCAAUUUAUUUUAAAUCAUAUCCUGACUAAAACGAAUCUUACUCCUGAAUUAAUUAUGCGUGGCACAAAGUUGAUUUUAAUGGAAUUGGAUAACUUAAAAUUUUUGGACUCUCUUAAUUAUUUUCCAAUGGCGUUGUCUAAACUACCUAAAGCAUUUGGGUUGACACAGCUGAAAAAGGGUUAUUUCCCCCAUCUUUUUAAUACAUCCGGAAAUGAAAAUUAUAAAGGAUCAUUGCCCGCUCUAGAAUAUUAUAGUCCUGAUAACUUAAUAGGGAGCGAAAAAAGUAAUUUAAUAAAAUGGCAUUCAGAGAAGAUCCGUGAAAAAUACGUGUUCGACUUUCAGAAAGAGCUAAUGGAAUACUGUAUAUCCGAUGUAGAAAUACUUACUACGGCGUGUUUGAAAUUUAGGCAGCAGCUUUUGGAAACAUGUAAAGUGUGCCCUUUUACCGAAGCCUGCACCAUAGCAUCAGCAUGCAAUAAAGUGUUUCGUCGCAACUUUCUCCAGGCAAACACCAUAGGUAUUAUCCCUAAGAACGGGUACAGAUGGCGUGAUAACCAGAGUAGAAUAGCCAUACAGUGGUUGGUGUGGGAAGAAAGACAACGUGGUGUAAAUAUAAUGCAUGCUGCCAAAGGAAAAGAAACAGUGUUGGAGGGAGUAAAAGUCGAUGGUUAUUGCAAUCAAACAAAUCAAAUCUUUGAGUUUUAUGGGUGCUAUUACCACGGUUGUGCACAUUGUUUCAAAUACAACAGAAAUAAUCCCACAUAUGAAGAUCCGUCAGAUACUUUAGAAAGACGCUUUGAAAGCACUGCUGCCAAAACGGAACGUCUCAAAAAUCUAGGAUACGAUAUCAUCGAAAUGUGGGAAUGCAACUUUCGUACGCUAAUGAAAGACAAUAAAGAUAUUGAUUUGUAUACUGAAAAGCAUCCUCUACUUGUUAAUGCUCCAUUAAACCCUCGCGAUGCAUUUUAUGGUGGAAGAACGGGCAAUACCUUCGAAUACUAUAAAGUUAAUCAGGGUGAAAAAAUCAAGUAUCUAGAUGUAUGUUCCCUAUAUCCUUGGGUUUGUAAAUAUGGCAAAUUUCCUGUAGGUCAUCCGAAAAUCUAUCUCGGUGAAGAAUGUAACACUUUAGAUUUAAAAGAAAUAGAUGGUCUUAUAAAAUGCAAAAUCUUACCGCCUCAGAACUUGUAUCAUCCUGUUCUACCACAGAAGAUAAAUAAUAAACUUAUGUUUGUACUUUGUCGGAUAUGUGCACAACAAAUGCAAAGGAACACUUGCAGUCAUGAAGAGGAUGAAAGAGCUUUAAGCGGAACAUGGGUUAUCGAUGAGGUAGUGAAAGCUUUGGAGAAAGGGUACAGAUUGAUGGAAAUCUAUGAAGUCUGGAAUUAUGAGAUGCAAAAAUUUGACAAAAUUACAAAAGCGGAAGGUUUGUUCACUACUAUGAUGAACAAAUUUAUAAAAGCAAAGCAGCAAGCUUCCGGAUGGCCCAAAACGUGUGACACAACAGAAAAACGUAACCAAUAUAUCGAAGAGUUCCUAGUCCGGGAAAACGUUCAAUUAGAAUUUAAUGAAAUCUGUGAAAAUCCUGGUCUUCGUUCUCUAGCUAAAUUAAUGCUUAAUUCAUUCUGGGGCAAGUUUGGUCAGAGAGAAAACCAGACAAAAACAACAAUAGUCAAUACACCAAAAGAAUUCUAUGAUAUGUUAACAAAUCCUUCCAUUGAUGUGUAUCACGCAUUUCCCGUAAAUGAGAACACCCUAAUAAUAAAUUGGCAAUUCAAAGAAGAAGCUUGUGACUCUCUCGCCACCGUUAAUGUGUGCAUUGCAGCCUACACCACUACGCAAGCAAGGUUAAAACUAUACAGUUACUUGGAGCAGUUAGGAAAAAGGGUGUUAUAUUACGAUACAGAUUCGAUUAUCUUUACCCACCGGGAAGGAGAAUUUGAACCAACAGUGGGUAAAUUCAUAGGCGACUUGACAGAUGAAUUGGAAUCUUAUGGUCCUGGGGCUUACAUCACGGAAUUUGCAAGCGGCGGCCCAAAAAAUUACGCCUACAAAGUAUUAUCACCUAGCAAUCAGCAUGAAGAAAUAGUGUGCAAAGUUAAAGGUAUAUCUUUGACACAUGCGGCCUCACUAAUUGUAAAUUUCGAAACUAUAAAGGAUAUGGUUCUCCAACCUUCCGAGCCCGUGUACAUAACUUCAAACCGUAUAAGAAGAACAAAUAUACACGAAAUUAUAAAUCGCGUGGAAACCAAAAUAUACCGUCCAAAUUCUACAAAAAGAUGGUUUCGCGAAGAUCACGAGUCAGUGCCAUAUGGCUACAAAAAACAAAGGACUGAAUAA